AUCCAACCCAUACCAAACCAACCUGCUUCGAGACGGUGUGAGGAGGUACCUGCAGCUGCCAGCAGACCAGACAGUACUGAUACUGCAUGCCAAGGUCGCCCAGAAGUCAUACGGCAAUGAAAAAAGAUUUUUCUGCCCCCCACCUUGUGUUUACCUGAGCGGGCCUGGCUGGAAGUUAAAGCAGGAGCAGAUGAAAGCCAGGGACGUAGGAGAGGCAGGUUUUCGGGUGUGCGGGUACAUGGGGCUGGACAGCAUGGGCAGCACCUUGAUGGAGACACAGAAGCUCAGCUUCGAGGAGCAGCCGGAUGCAAAGGGCUUCGGCUGCGCCAAGGCUCUGUACAUCUCGGACGCGGACAAGCGCAAGCAUUUCCGCCUGGUCCUGAAGCUCUUCUUCAGCAACGGGCAGGAGAUCGGCACCUUCCACAGCAAGCUGAUCAAGGUCAUCUCCAAACCCUCACAGAAGAAGCAGUCUCUGAAGAACACGGACCUCUGCAUCUCCUCAGGCUCCAAAGUCUCCCUCUUCAACCGCCUACGCUCCCAGACCGUCAGCACCCGCUACCUCUCUGUCGAGGGGGGAGCCUUCAUCGCCAGCGCCAGGCAGUGGGCAGCCUUCACCCUCCACCUGGCUGAUGAGAGCUGCACCCGGAGUGAGUUCCCUCUGCGGGAAGGGUACAUCCGCUAUGGCUCCGUGGUCCGGCUUGUCUGCACGGCCACUGGCAUCACCCUGCCGCCCCUGAUCAUCCGGAAGGUGACAAAGCAGUAUGCCAUGCUGGAUGUGGACGAGCCCAUCUCUCAGCUCCACAAAUGUGCCUUCCAGUUCCAGGGCAGCGACCGCAUGUACCUGUGUCUCUCCACAGAGAAAGUGAUCCAGUUCCAGCUCACGGGUGGUGGGGACGUGGCCAUGCUGGAGGUGCAGGGGGACUACUUCCACGCACACCUGAAGGUCUGGUUUGGAGACGUGGAGGCAGAGACGAUGUACAGGAGCCCCAAGUCCCUCGUGUGUGUCGUCCCUGACGUCUCUGCCUUUGGCAGUGACUGGAGGUGGCUGCGAUACCCCAUCACGGUCCCACUGCUCCUGAUCAGGGAUGAUGGCCUAAUCUACUCCAGCUCAUUCACGUUCACCUACACCCCAGAGCAGAGCUUCAUCCCAGGGCAGCAGGUCCUCUCGGAUGUCCCACAGGACACAGACAAAUUACUUGACAGCAUCCAUCAGGAGUUCACCAGGACCAACUUCCACCUCUUCAUGCAGAGCUAG